AAAAGUGGGCUCUUGCUGUUUUCUUACAUCAAACAAAGUGCGUGUCUCGUGUCUUGUUGCGUUGUUUCUGUUUCAGCUUUCUUUAGUACCUGCAGAGAGUUUUUCUGGGCAGAGGAGUAAGAGAAAGAAAGGCUUUUGCUUUAAUGGAAAGCACAAUGAUGAAUGGUGGUGAUUCAUUGCUCGAGAAAAAGAAUGUUGCUGUUGGUGGUGGUGUUGAGGACGUGUACGGUGAGGAUUUUGCCACGGAGGAUCAGCUUAUCACUCCAUGGGCUGCCUCUAUCGCUAGUGGAUACACUUUGUUGAGGGAUCCACGCCACAACAAAGGGCUUGCUUUCAAUGAGAAAGAGAGGGAUGCUCAUUACUUGCGAGGCCUUUUGCCCCCAGCUAUCCUGUCUCAGGAGCACCAGGAGAAGAGGUUGAUGCACAAUCUUCGCCAAUACCAAGUACCCCUGCAACGAUACAUGGCCAUGAUGGAUCUUCAGGAAAGGAAUGAACGACUAUUUUAUAAACUUUUGAUUGAUAAUGUUGAGGAACUUCUGCCAGUUGUAUACACUCCCACCGUUGGUGAGGCUUGCCAGAAAUAUGGAAGCAUUUUCAGGCGACCUCAGGGUCUAUACAUCAGCUUGAAAGAGAAGGGCAAGAUUCUUGAAGUAUUGAAGAAUUGGCCAGAGAGAAACAUACAAGUUAUUGUUGUUACUGAUGGUGAGCGUAUUUUGGGACUUGGAGAUCUUGGCUGCCAGGGAAUGGGGAUUCCUGUAGGAAAACUCUCUUUAUACACUGCAUUGGGAGGAAUACGUCCCUCGGCAUGUUUACCUGUCACCAUUGAUGUGGGCACAAACAAUGAGCAGUUGUUGAACGAUGAGUUCUAUAUUGGUCUUAGACAAAGGAGGGCAACUGGACAGGAAUACGCUGAACUUCUAGAAGAAUUCAUGACUGCAGCUAAGCAGAACUAUGGGGAGAAAGUCCUUGUUCAGUUUGAAGAUUUUGCAAAUCACAAUGCUUUUGAGCUACUAGCAAAAUAUAGCUCAAGUCAUCUUGUUUUUAAUGAUGAUAUUCAGGGUACAGCAUCCGUUGUAUUAGCAGGACUUCUCGCAGCUUUGAAAUUAGUUGGCGGAACCUUGUCUAAUCAUAAAUUCUUGUUCCUGGGUGCUGGAGAGGCUGGAACAGGUAUAGCUGAGCUUAUAGCACGCGAGAUAUCAAAACAGACAAAAGCUCCAAUUGAAGAGACCCGAAAGAAGAUUUGGCUUGUGGAUUCCAAGGGAUUGAUUGUUAGCUCUCGUAAAGAGUCACUUCAACACUUCAAGAAGCCAUGGGCUCAUGAGCAUGAACCUGUCAAGGGGCUCUUGGAUGCUGUUAAGGCACUCAAGCCAACAGUUUUGAUUGGAUCAUCUGGAGUAGGAAAAACAUUCACAAAGGAGGUGGUUCAGGCGAUGGCGUCCUUCAACGAGAAACCACUAAUUCUUGCUCUCUCCAAUCCUACUUCACAAUCUGAGUGUACAGCUGAAGAAGCUUAUACAUGGAGUGAGGGCCGUGCUAUCUAUGCUAGUGGAAGUCCAUUUGACCCUGUUGAAUAUAAUGGGAAAGUUUUUGUGUCCGGCCAGGCAAACAACGCUUACAUAUUCCCUGGAUUUGGUUUGGGUUUGAUUAUGUCGGGUGCAAUUCGGGUGCACGAGGACAUGCUUUUGGCAGCCUCGGAAGCAUUAGCUGAACAAGUAAAGCAAGAACACUUUGACAAGGGACUGAUCUACCCUCCGUUUUCCAACAUCCGGAAGAUAUCAGCCCACAUUGCUGCUAAAGUUGCUGCUAAAGCAUAUGAACUUGGUCUGGCAUCUCGCCUCCCACGUCCUAAGGAUCUUGUCCAGCAUGCAGAGAGCUGCAUGUACAGUCCAAUCUACCGAAGUUAUCGGUAAACUUGCCGUGUAGUUAUGCACACUUUGUAGCCACUAAUGGCCAUAAGCCUUUAUUACACUUUUCAUUCUGUUUGUAUUUCUUUCUUUCUUUUUUCCCUUUUUUCUUUAAAAAGGAAAAUUCUUUUCUUUGUAAUGACUGGGUUGUGUUUAUCCAGUCUUCUACCAAUUAUUAGUUUCUCAGCCAGUGCCAGUAUGGUCUCUAGUAUUCCUAUCAGAGCUUGCGGCUUCCAUUCCCUAAUCACUUAUUUCUGAGAAUGUAUUUUAAUUAUUUUUCCACAUUUAAUGAAUUACAAUUUUUUUCUAUCA